AUGUUAUCGGGUUUACAAUGUUUACUUCGUAUUCUACCUAAUUAUCCAGGUAUUCAAAGAUUUCUUGAUUAUUAUCACAAUACAUUUGCACCAUUCAGUCGAUUUCCACCACAUAUGUAUAACCAUUAUCGUAAUAUUACACCUCGUACAAUAAAUUAUUUAGAAGGUCGACAUAAUCGAAUGAAAAAACAUGUAAAUUCACCACAUCCAAAUAUUUAUAUUGCUAUUGAUUUAUUACAAAAGGAACAAUCUUUAGCUUCAUUUUCACGAAUACGAGAUGACUUGGGAGCUCUGACUCCGAAACGUCGAAAGAACAAUGUUAUAUCUGAUCAAUGUUUAAAUAAAUUGUGGCAACGUUACGAUGAAGGUCGUACUGAUAUUCCAGCGUUCUUAAAAGCUGCUUGA